CUUGAGCGUCGGAGUAGGUGCCCGAAAAAACAUUCCGAACCCCGCUAACCCAUUGUUGCUUUUUGUAGGAACAAUCAUCAUCUUGAAUGAUCAUUCUGCAAUAACUUGGCAAAGGCAUUAAGAACAAGGCCUCUACCAGCAAUUAGGUUUCUUGAUCAAACACUAAUCAAGAGCUUCCAUGGAAUUGUUCUGCAAAACCAAUACAGGAACAACUUUGAUUCCAAUGGCAGAUGAUAGCAUAGAGAAAGACUCAUGGAAUUUCCAUGGAGGAUGGAAGAACAUACCAGAAAACCCUACGAACUCCACUUCUCUGGUAUCUUCUCCCUUUCUUCAUCAUUAUUAUCAAUGAAAGAAAUGAAGCAUUUGGAAUCAGUUACGAAAGCAAUAAGGUUUCCGAUUGCAACCGUAUUCUUAAAGUCUCCGAUCGCAACCGUAUUCUUAAGGUCCCCGAUCUCCAUAUUCUUGCUCUAAAUUCUUAUAAUUUAUGCUUAGAUAAUGGUGAUUUGUCUUUGAUUUUUGGUAACUAAUUAAUUAAUCACCACUGGAAAUGCCUAGAAUUCACAUUUCAACAUAUGAAAUCGUUAUUUGUCCAAGUGAUAUGGUUAAAUCAAAUAAAGGCAGAAAACUAUGUUUUGGUGCCCUAAGGGUGAACUAAACUUCAACUUUAAAUAAUCAAACAUUCUAUUAUUCUAUUUUUUUUUAUAUAGACCUGGAAAAUUUAAUUGAUGUCAAGCAAAGCCAAAGCUAUAGUGCUGUGGGGAACAGAGAUUUUUUAAUUUUGAAAAAAUUGACAAAUUGUUUGAAAAUCCGAUAUUUUUCUAACAAUUUUUAUAUGUAAAUAAUUGACAUAUACUAUACUACUGUAAUUUAAUAUUUGGGGAUCCUGUUACGCAAAUGAAGGAGCGAGUUUGCACACUAACAAUUGUAACUUGUUAUAUGGGUUAUUGCAGUUGAUUUUCCCUUUUCUUGAGGUUGUGAAAAGUGUAAUGCUAUAUUCAUUGUAGUUCUAUACUUCUAUGAGUACUUUGAGUAGAAGAUUUUUUCUGGAUUGCUUUUGUUUUUAUCUUGUGCAAUCUAACGAUGAUAGAUGCAUGUCAUAGAGCAAGGAAUUUGAAGUUUAGAGUGAGGGAUGAUACUGAUGAAAAUGGAGAUGGGUUUAGUAUCAUGCCUUGUACCACCUUUACAUAAAAGUGCCUCAUCAAAUUUUUAGACUGUUUUCCUCUAUUUUAUCUGUUUUUUGUGUCCUGUUAUGCAGUUGUGACUUAUAAGUGAAUGUAAGGUGCAGGAUCAUGAUUCAUGGUUUAGAGAACGAUGUUUCAUUGAAAAACUUGGAUAGGUGUGUCUCUUCAUUUGCUUUGCUAUUAAAAUGAUCUACAUUCGAUCAACUUGGGCCACAGGAUUCAGAUUUCAGAAGGGAUUGACAAAUGCUAUUUAGUUGAAGAAAAUAUUGCUUCUGAUAGGUAUUUUAAGUCGAUGGAUUAUUUACAGUAUUUUUUAUAUUUGAUUAUUUGGAUGGAUUAUUUUUAUUUUAUGAAUAUUAUUUUUUAUGUUUGCUGUACAACUGGUGGGCAUCAUCCCUGGACCAAGUUAUUAAAGUAUAUGAGUAAAAACAAUAGCGGGAAGGGGCAAAGUAGAGGAAUUAUAGGCAAGUAACUUGCAGUUUGCAUGGUUUCUUAUUGAAGCGUUCAACCCCAUCUUAGAAAACGAAAGAUGAGAUUAACUUUUACUCAUUUUAGACAGGGAAUAAAGGGUUUUCUCCCUCUGAUUUGUUGCAGCAGUGGCAGUUUAUUUUAACAAGGAUGUGUCACCAAUGACAUCAGGAAGACCUUCUUGUAGUGAGCCACCAAAUGGAAUUGGAGGCCAAACCUUCUCUGUUUCAUCUCUAACAGCUGAAAUGUUUGACGGUCCAACUCCUACUGAUCCUGUUUCACCUCCUCUAGACUUUGAUAAGUAUAUAACCAGCAUUAACGCACAACCCUUACUACCCCCCAUACGCGUCGGUCCCACAAGUGGUGGAACAACACCCUGUGUCGGUGGUUCUGUUGGGAGCAAGACAGUAGGAAGGUGGCUAAAGGACAGACGAGAAAAGAAGAAAGAAGAGUUGCGAGUGCACAAUGCGCAGCUCCAUGCAGCUGUCUCUGUUGCUGCAGUGGCUGCAGCAGUGGCAGCAACAGCUGCUGCCACUGCUACUGCAUCCAAGUCAUCUGGAAAGGAUGAACAGGCAGUGCACACCGACUUGGCAAUGGCUUCAGCUGCCAGUUUGGUAGCUGCACAGUGUGUGGAAGCCGCUGAGGCAAUGGGAGCCGAAAGAGAACACUUGGCCUCGGUUCUCAGCUCCGCCGUCAAUGUUCAGUCUCAUGGUGAUAUUAUGACUGUCACCGCUGCUGCUGCAACAGCCUUAAGAGGAGCAGCGACACUGAAGGCAAGGACAAUGAAAGAAGUAUGUAAUAUAGCAGCUGUUCAACCUGUGGAAAGAACUAUCAAAGGCGAGAAUAUACACAGUCCAAAUGGUAGCUACAAUGGCGAAACUAAUCUUCAUGGUCAAAACUUUCUUGGUAUAUGCAAUGAAGAACUUCUAGCUAGGGGAUCUGAUCUUCUUAAACGCACUCGUACAGGUGAUCUUCACUGGAAAAUUGUCUCGGUUUACAUCGAUAAAAUAGGCCAGGUGGUGCUCAAAAUGAAGAGCAGACAUAUAGCAGGAACAAUCACCAAGAAGAAAAAAAAGGUCUUGAUUGAAGUGUGCAAAGACUUGCCCGUAUGGCCGGAGAGGCGGUUUAUUGAAGUUGGAGGAGAGGAACGACGUUAUUUUGGCCUAAAGACAGCCACGAAUAGAGUAAUAGAAUUCGAGUGCAGGACACAUAAGGAAUAUGAAAUGUGGACUCAAGGUGUCUCUAAGCUUUUGUCCUCGGUCAAUGAAAAGAAGAAACCUAGUGCAUCUCCAAGAGCUAAUGUGUAUUGGAAUUAGAAGAUUGGAGCUCAAGUAUAAUAAGAGCUAAUACAGAUUUAGAGUGUAGUUGGUUGGUGUGAAAUAGUGUUUAGAAACGGAUUCAUUUAUCCGACACCAUUACUGUGUGUUUGAUUUGAAGAAGAAAGGGAAUCCGUUUAGAGGCAUAAACGAAUACCACCAUUUUGUUGCCGUGCCUCAUCCAAACCCAUCUUUAGCUUCCUUUGUUCUUUAGCAUCAAACAAACUCUUGAAUGCUCAUCAAGAACACUAUGUCACCACUCACCACUGCGUUGUUGUAAAGGUCUUUCUGCAACCAUAAGUUGAGUUGAUAAGGAUAGUUUUUUGUUUCUUUUGAUAAGUUGUUUACUUAUUUCCUUGUUAUUAUAAGGUAAGGGUAAUGUUGCCGCCUAUUUGGAAUCUUUUGAAAUUCCUCCAUUCAGAGAUGGUAUGUGGCAUGUUAGUUUUUGAUAAGUUGUUUAUAAACUUGUAAGAUUUCUUGAUUAUAAGAAUGACGUAUUGAAUUUUGAGA